UGUGCCAUCAGCAGAUGUCAGCCUUGGGCUCCUGGCUGCCUGAUGGCUGGGCAGGGACACGCUCACAAGUGCUGGGCUGUGUACGGAAGCCAUGACCCUGCACCAGGAGGCAACACCUCCACCAGAGGUAACACCUCCACAGCCCCACAGCCACACCUGUGCUGACGUGCAGCACGACCUGUUUGGUGCUCAGAGGUGCCGGUGAGGGCUGAGGGAUGCUGGUCUCAGGGUGGCAGCAGCACUCCUUGUGAGGAGGGCUCUUACCCUUCUGUAAGGAACUGCUACAGGAAUAGGGGCCUCACACAUCCGAUUGCUUUGAACUCGACCUGAUGUCGGUUUUAGCUUUGUAGGAACGCAGCUCUCAGCACAGCAGGCACUAGGACCCGCCUGCAUCCCUCAGCCCCAGCCUGCACGUAGGGACUAAAUAUAGCACAGCCACGGCUGCAGGCUGAAGCCGCACGAGCAGCCGUCCAUGCUGCCGGGAGGCGGCAGGCAGAGCAGUGCUGGUGCUGGGCACUCCGAGCCCUUGGCCAGCAGCACUGCAGUGGGCAAAGUGACCUCCUCGCUGCUCAUCAGCAAUGCCAGGACGGCCUGCAACGCGGAGCUGCUGGCCCGAGAGGGGGUCACCUUCUGUGUGAACGUCACCAGGCAGCAGCCCUUCCCUGGCCUCCUGCAGGCCCGAGCCAUGCGCGUGCCUGUGUUCGACGACCCGGCUGAGGACCUGUACCACUACUUUGAGCAGUGCAGUGAUGCCAUAGAAGAAGCUGUGAGGAGCGGCGGGAAGUGCCUGGUGUACUGCAAGAACGGCCGCAGCAGAUCCGCCGCUAUCUGCACCGCGUACCUGAUGAGACACCGAAACCUACCGCUCAAGGACGCCUUCGAGGUGGUGAAGGCUGCCAGACCAGUAGCAGAACCCAAUGCAGGGUUUUGGUCUCAGCUACAGAGAUAUGAAGAAGAUCUGAAAAUAGCAAAGCAAUCUGAUCUGCCGAGCAAAGGACUGAGCUCACUUUAAAGCUCUUGGUUGUUGAGGAAGAAAGGUGACAGUGGCAACCUAAAUGCCAUUGUCACUCCUUUUGAUGUAAUUUAUUACAUUUAUUAACAUCUGUCAGUGGCCAAAUUCAUUCCUUGAAGUUUCUCUUUACAAGUCAGCAGUAUCUGCGUGCAAACAAAGCAACUAAACUGUUCCUGCUCCGAGUAUUUGCAGGUUGUCCCAAUGAAUGUGUCUGGAUAGACAAGGAAGGACAAGCUAAGGGAGAUGCACAAAGUUUCUCCUUCAGGCUACAGUCAUGGUUUGAUACAAGAUGUUUAAAGUAGAAAAAUACCAAAGUAUUUUGUUGAACUAUAUUAACAAAUUCAUUAUUUAAGGACAAAGAACUGUGAACCUGCAGUGUGAAAUUCUAUUUCACGUUGCUCAAGAUAUCAAUAUGAAGGAAAAUUAGUUCAUCUUCAGUGUCUUAAGUGCUUACAUAAAGUAACAAACGCUCCCAGCAGUGGAGCAGUUUAAGGCAUCAAUUCUAAUGCUGAAACCAUGACAAAGAACAAAGCCACCGUGGAAUUACUUGAAUUAGGCAAUUCAGAUGCAAUAGAAGCUCCUGAAGUAAACGACUGCCCCAAAUUAAAAUACAAUUAUUUUAGAACCUGAAAAGACAGAAAGAAAAACUAAAAACUGGUGCCAUCUUUUAGUUACUUUGAGGCAUCAUCUGACCAGUUCCUUUCCUUGCUCCCAGCUGUGUUUGCUUUGUUCUGUAGCAUUUAUUUUUCAUAGCUACAACCCAACCAACAAGCAUCUUGUUGCAUAUCCACAGAUAUGCAGGUGAGUGGUUGUUUUUAAGGGUCUUUAGAAGCUUUUACAGAUCUUGACUACAUAAAUAAUAAGUAUUUCAAUAUACCAUGAGACUUGGACUUCAAACCUGUGGUAUAUAGAUUGACUCUUCAUUAAUGGCCAGGAUACUACGCAUCAGAAAGUCUGUUUCAGUCAGUCAGCAAAUCAAAGCUUAUUUACUGUUAUGAGCUAAAGCUCCCAGCUCUAAUGAAAGUAAAACCAUUUCUAACAGUGAGCUGCAUUAACCCACAGGCAGUUACAGCAUUCCAGUUCCACACUGUUUAGUUAGCUGAAAUGGAAAAGAGGUGGUCUCAGUCAGCAGGGUAUCCCACGCUCUGUGCUCAAAUUUUACCAGACUUCCCAGCACACAGCCUUCAUGCUGCAGGAUUUCACAUCGCAUCUGCAGAAACCUAUUUCUACCUCAAAGCCAUUUCCAGAAGGAGGUGUUCAGCUGUAGAUCAUCUCCAAAUUAAGAUGAAAGAUUGCAACAUAGAACGAAUCCCUGGAAGGAGAUCAUUUUUUUUCUUUAAUGCAAGUUCAAAACCUAGUAACGUUACAAGUGAUGUGGAAAUAUAAGCUUAGACACACUCCUUGGAACUUGUGACUGGCUCAGCGUCCUUGGUGUAAAUUUGCUGCUGACCAGCUGCCUGGCCUGCUGAAUAUCUGUAUUUGUUGGCACUGUAAAUUAAGAGAAAAAGAUUUUAAAAGUAGGUAUUACACACACAGCCACAGUUUCAGGCAAUUAGGAAGUUACUCAUGUAGGUCUGUAUCCAAUGCACUGAUAGCACAUGCAUCAGCUAUUAAAGGCCAGUUGUUCUCACCAGGUGGCACAACCACCUUUCUGUUAGCCAGGAACCAGCUCUGGGUUCCGCACUCACCUGUGCCUUUCUUAGAGGCACUUAGGUCAAGCUUCUAAAGCAGAAGAGAAUAUAGAUUAUAAUGCCUUCGUGAAAGCUGCAGUUUUUAAUACAGGAAUCAAAAUUAUGAGCAAAAGGAACCAUCUUCAGCUGUCAUCCAUCAUGUUGAACUUCUCUUGCCCCCAGUUUUGCCUGUUUUUUCAGGAUAUUUCAGGAUAUGUGGUACUUUGCAUCAGUCAGAUACAAAGUCAAAUCUAAAGUCCAACUUGGCUGACAAUAUAUUGCCAUAAAAGUUCAGUGGCUUCAGUCUAAGCAAUGGAGUGUCAGAAGAACACUCUCACUUAUAGGGUGUUUUGACACAAUCUUCCUAAGAGUAAAUACAGCUUGCUUCUCCCUUCGGUCUUACGAUCCUCUCAAGCCCAACUGUACAUCCUUCAAACUAUCUGGGAUCUUCUACAUAGACAAGGACCUCUGCUGCUUCUGGCAAUCCCACCCCUCUCCUUGAGAAAGGGACCUUUAGUAUGUGUAAAAAAUAAAGAUUGGGGAAAAAUGCAGGCAAGGUUAAAUACGGAGGCCAGGAACUUUAAUAUUUCUGUUUUGAUGCACCCUCAACGUAAUUGAUGUGAAAUGUUCCACAAGAAACAUGGAAACAUCACAUGCUUCUAGCAGUCAAUUUGGGGAAGAAAACACCACUACAUUUUCUUCACAAUAAAUGGAGUUGAGUAGG